CCAAACCUUAACUUUUUGUUACCACCUUCCUCCUCUUAAUCUCCUUCAUCUUCAACACCUCCUCCUCUAUCACUACCAUCUUCUCCUCCAUCUGUCUGCCUCCUGGAUCUCUCUUGUUUGCUUGCUUUCCCCCCUCCUCUUCCACCUCCCUCCCUCUCUUUCUUCUUGCCUUUUCCUCCUCUCUUUUCUUCUCUUUUCUUUCUCUUUUUCCUUCUCUUCCCCUACACGUUGUUGUUGUUGUUAGAAAGGAUUCUUGCACCCCCUGGUGCUCUUGCGUUUUGUGUGGUAGGAGAGGAGAUUGUCUUCUUUCUCUCUCUCCCUCUGGUUGCUCAUUAUUCAGAGAGAGACACAGAGGGUGAGUGAGAGAGAGAGAGAGAGACGGAUAUCUCAGGUCAUCUGCAGCUGCAGCAAACCAGUGAAGGAGAGAGAGAGAGAGAGAGGGAGAGAGAGAGAGGGGGGGAAAAGCAGGGAAAGAUGGCGAUCCUCCAUUGCUGAGACCUGGCAAGGAGCACAUGAGACUCACAAAACAACUUCCACAACAAUAACAAGAAGAAGAGCUAGGCAGAGAGGAAGAGGAGAGGAGGCAGCAGCAAGAGCAGCAGUGCCGGGACGCUCCUAAUUUUCUAAUGUAAAAGGUCAUCCUUGAACCAUGGAGGUGCUGCAGUGUGACGGCUGUGAUUUUCGAGCUCCAUCUUAUGAAGACCUAAAAGCUCACAUUCAGGAUGUCCACACUGCUUUUCUGCAGCCAACUGAUGUCUCUGAGGAAAGUCCUAGCCAGCCAAGGUCUGGUUCCAUGAAUGCUAGCAACCAGACUGAGGUUGAAUUUUCUUCUGUAAAGGAUGAAUUUACAAUUGCAGAUGAAAUAUCAGGGCAAAAUGCAACAAGUCAGAUGGGGACUGGAAGUUACUAUAGCCAGAGCCAGACUUUCUAUGGUCAGCACAUGGCUCCAAAUCCUAAACCAACCAACAAGUUUUUCCAGUGCAAAUUCUGUGUGCGUUACUUCCGUUCCAAAAACCUCCUCAUAGAGCACACACGCAAGGUUCAUGGAGCACAGGCUGGGGGGAGCUCAGUGGGGCCACCAACUGCUAGUUCCCUAAAUUACAGCAUCAUGAUGCAUGAAGGGUUUGGCAAAGUUUUCAGUUGUCAGUUCUGCACCUACAAGUCACCCAGGCGUGCACGGAUUGUUAAGCACCAGAAAAUGUAUCACAAAAGCAACCUGAAAGAGAGUUCAACUCCUCCUGCUGCCGCUGCUAUGCCUGAAUCAACAUCUGCUUCUGUGCCAGUGCAGGAACCCUGCAAGGAGCUGCCUGCAGAGGUGGUGGAGAGGAGCAUUUUGGAAUCCAUGGUCAAGCCCCUGACAAAGUCUAGGGGCAACUUUUGCUGUGAAUGGUGCAGCUACCAGACACCUCGAAGGGAGCGGUGGUGUGACCACAUGAUGAAGAAGCACCGCAGCAUGGUAAAAAUAUUGUCAAGCCUGAGGCAGCAACAAGAUGGAACCGGUGCACCUGAUGUACAGAGUAAGAGUGCCCAGAAUGCCUCUCCAAACUCUAAUUAUAUCUCCAUGAAUACAACAGGACGUGAAAUGUCAAAUGCUAACGUCUCAAACUUCAGGAGCUCUAUGGGCAAUUCCCUUAUCAGGUCUAACUCUUCUACAUCUUCCAAGUUUUCUUCUGUGUCUUACCCUCAAAUGAAGCCUAAGUCACCUCACAACUCGGGCAUGGUUAAUUUGUCUGACAGAUCCCGCUAUGGAAUUGCUGAUAUGACAAAUUCUUCUGCUGACCUGGAAACAAGCAGUAUGCUAAAUGACUCCAGCUCAGAUGAAGAGCUAAAUGAAAUGGACAGCGAGAAUGGCUUGAACUCCAUGGAUCACCAGACCUCAGGAAUGUCUGCAGAGCAGCUGAUGGGAUCUGAUGGCAACAAACUAUUGGAAACAAAGGGGAUUCCCUUUAGAAGGUAUAUGAACAGGUUCCAGUGUCCCUUUUGCCCUUUCCUGACGAUGCACCGCCGAAGCAUUUCCCGUCACAUUGAGAACAUCCACCUGUCUGGGAAGACAGCUGUGUACAAGUGUGAUGAAUGCCCUUUCACCUGCAAGAGUUCAUUAAAGCUUGGUGCUCACAAGCAGUGUCAUACAGGAACAACAUCAGACUGGGACACUAUGAACUCUCAGACAGAAAGCAUCGCCUCUUCUUUGAAUGACAGCACAGUGUCUUAUGAGAGUGGAAAUAUAAAUGGCAGGAAGUCAGCUGGGAUGAUGGAACCAGUGCAACCACAGCAGCAACAGCAACAACAGCAGUCACCCCAGCCCCAUUCACAGCAUCCGUACAAGUGCACAAUGUGCAACUAUUCCACCACAACUUUGAAAGGCCUCAGAGUUCAUCAGCAGCACAAGCAUUCAUUCUGUGACAACUUGCCAAAAUAUGAUGGACCGCCAUCAAACACACCACAAGAGAGUGAGGCAGAUGCUCACCCCUCUGCCAGCACAGUGAAGAAGAGCCAGACCUCCAUCCUUGGGCUCUCAUCUAAAAAUAACUUUGUUGCGAAGGCCCCUCGGAAGGUGUCAAAUGACUUCCCUUUAGAUCUGUCUCCAGUGAAAAAGAGAACUAGAAUUGAUGAAAUAGCGAGCAACCUGCAGAGCAAAAUCAACCAAAACAAACAGCAAGAAGAUGCUGUGAUUAACGUAGAGGAUGAUGAAGAAGAGGAUGAGGACAAUGAGGUGGAGAUAGAAGUGGAGUUAGACAGAGAAGAAGAGCAAACGGAACCAAUGAUAGAGGUUUCCAGUUCUUACGCACCCCAACAAAUGUGGGGCAGGGAGGCUAAUGAUUCCCAGAAGGAGACAAACUUUAGAAGCAUGCAGCAUGACUACAAUUCCACCAAUGGAGCAGAGAUUGAGCUCACUUUAUCUGAAGAUGAGGAAGACUAUUAUUCUUCUGUCAGCAUGAAGGACCAUCAGAGCCCUAAUGCUUCUGUUCUGGGGAGCCAGCCAAACAUGUAUGGUGCUGAUCAGAACAAUGAGAAUUCAGAGUUUAAUGAUUCUGGCAGGCUUUACUAUUGUAAACACUGUGAUUUCAGCAACAAAUCUGCCAGGAGUGUUAGCACCCACUACCAGCGAAUGCACCCCUAUAUUAAAUUUAGCUUUAGGUAUAUCCUGGAUCCCAAUGAUCACAGCGCAGUAUACCGGUGUCUUGAGUGCUACAUUGACUACACAAACUUUGAAGACCUGCAGCAGCACUAUGGAGAGCAUCACCCUGAAGCUAUGAACGUACUGAACUUUGAUCAUUCUGAUCUGAUCUACCGCUGCCGCUUCUGCUCUUAUACAAGCCCGAAUGUUAGAAGCCUGAUGCCACAUUACCAAAGAAUGCAUCCCACAGUGAAAAUUAACAAUGCAAUGAUAUUUUCAAGCUACGUUGUUGAGCAGCAAGAAGGGCUGAACACAGAGUCUCAGACACUGAGAGAGAUCUUGAAUUCUGCUCCAAAAACUAUGGCAACCUCCACCCCCGUGGCUCGCGGGGCUGGUGUGCCAGCUGGUUUUAACAAAAGUGCCGCCAAGAGUUUUAGUCCUGAAUGUGAAAAUCAGAAGGAACCUUCAGUCAAUACUGUGGUUGUUUAUGACUGUGACGUGUGUUCAUUUGCAAGCCCUAACAUGCAUUCAGUUCUAGUGCAUUACCAGAAAAAGCACCCCGAAGAAAAAGCAUCAUAUUUCAGAAUCCAGAAGACCAUGCGUGUAGUCUCUGUUGACAGGGGCUCUGCUCUGGCUCAGAUGUCUUUUGAGUUGGGGACACCCGUCUCCCCAAAAUUGUCUAACUUGGCUUCUCAACCUCCACCUCCUCCACCACCACCUCCAGACCUCACUACUGAACUCUACUAUUGCAAACACUGUUCAUACAGCAACCGCUCAGUUGUGGGAGUGCUUGUCCACUACCAGAAAAGGCACCCAGAGAUAAAGGUCACUGCCAAAUAUAUCAGACAGGCACCCCCCACCGCAGCUAUGAUGAGGGCUGGUGAGUUGCCACCUGGUAUUCAGAGGCCACCAGUGUCAAUGCAGCAGUUGAGCCGGGGUGGAUCUGAGACUUCCGUGAAUCCUCCCGAGAAUGAAAUGUUCUUCUGCCAACACUGUGAUUAUGGAAAUCGGACUGUGAAAGGCGUGCUCAUUCAUUAUCAAAAGAAGCAUCGUGACUUCAAAGCUAACGCAGAUGUGAUUAGGCAGCAUACAGCCACCAUUAGAAGCCUUUGUGAUCGCAGCCAGAAGAAAUCGACUGGCAGCGUGCCUCCUCACACCUCCAGCACUGAGCGGGACAAGUCAAAGCUGAGAGCCCUCAAAUGCAGGCAGUGUAGCUACACAUCACCUUACUUCUAUGCAUUGAGGAAGCAUAUUAAGAAAGACCACCCGACUCUGAAGGCCACAGUCACAUCCAUUCUGAGAUGGGCAUUUUUGGAUGGCUUGAUAGAAGCUGGUUAUCACUGUGAAUGGUGCAUUUAUUCACACACAGAGCCAAGUGGUUUGCUUGUGCAUUACCAAAGGAGACAUCCCGAGCAUUAUGUUGACUAUACGUAUAUGGCAACUAAACUCUGGGCAGGUCCUGAUCCUUCCCCUCCUGCCUUAGUCAUGCCAACAGAGAUAAAGACCUAUAAAUGCAGAGACUGCAUUUUUGAAGCAUCUUCCAUUUGGGAUAUUACUAAUCACUACCAAGCAUUUCACCCUUGGGCCAUGAAUGGAGAUGAAUCUGUGUUGUUAGAUAUUAUUAAGGAGAAAGAUGCUGCUGACAAAUCCAUCCCACAGCCUGAUGAAGCUGGGGUCAGGAUGGAUUCUGAAGACCAGAUAACAACAUCACAGAUGGAUCAGGAUGCAGAGUGUGCAGAGGAUCCUAGUCUUUCCCAGGAAAAAACUGUCCAGCUGGCUUCUGCAAACCCUGCCAUCUCCUCUACUCCUUAUCAGUGUACAGUUUGCCAGUCUGAGUAUAACAACUUGCAUGGCCUCCUGACACAUUAUGGCAAAAAGCAUCCUGGCAUGAAAGUGAAAGCUGCAGACUUUGCUCAGGAUAUAGACAUCAAUCCAGGGGCUGUAUAUAAGUGCAGACAUUGCCCAUACAUUAAUACACGUAUUCAUGGUGUUCUCACACACUACCAGAAACGGCACCCGUCCAUAAAGGUCACUGCUGAAGACUUUGUGCAUGAUGUGGAGCAGUCAAAUGAUAUUGCUCAGAAUGAUGUGGAAGAGACAAGUAGAAUUUUCAAGCAAGGCUAUGGUGCUUAUCGGUGCAAACUGUGCCCUUACACCCACGGAACACUUGAGAAGCUGAAAAUUCACUAUGAGAAAUACCACAAUCAACCUGAAUUUGAUGUUUUUGCCCAGUCACCACCAAAGAUGUCUGCCUCAGUGGAGCCAGACAUGGUGACUGAAAUCAAAGCCUCCCCAGAAAUUGCUGCUGAGGAUGUUGGAGAAGUCUCUAUGCCAGCACCUCAUUUCUCCAGUUCUCAUUUAGUGUCUCACACAGUGUUCCGGUGUCAGCUCUGCAAAUAUUUCUGUUCCACCCGGAAGGGGAUAGCCAGGCACUACCGCAUCAAACAUAACAACGUCCGGGCACAGCCAGAGGGCAAGAACAAUCUCUUCAAAUGUGCUUUGUGUUCAUACACCAACCCUAUCCGCAAAGGGCUUGCGGCACACUACCAAAAAAGACAUGACAUUGAUGCUUACUACACUCACUGCUUAGCAGCCUCCAGGACGGUAAGCGACAAACCCAAUAAAGUGAUCAUUCCGUCUCCUCCCAAGGAUGACACUCCUCAGUUAAGUGAGGAGCUGAGGAGGGCUGUAGAGAAGAAGAAAUGCUCGCUUUGUUCCUUCCAGUCCUUCAGCAAAAAGGGAAUUGUGUCCCACUACAUGAAGCGUCACCCUGGUGUUUUCCCUAAGAAGCAGCAUGCGAGCAAGCUGGGGGGUUACUUCACUGCUGUGUAUGCCGAUGAGCAUGAAAAGCCAACUCCAGCCGAGGAGAGGAAUGAGUUUGAAAAGCCUGAGGUGGAGACCGAGGCUCAGGAAAUUGAGUGGCUUCCCUUCAGGUGCAUAAAAUGUUUCAAGCUGUCCUUCAGCACAGCAGAGCUGCUGUGUAUGCAUUACACCGACCACCACAGCAAGGAUUUGAAGAGGGACUUUACCAUACUGGGAAGUGGCACCCGCUCUCAGAACCCUGUCUACCAGUGCAAGCACUGUGAUACGAAAUUGCAUAGCACGGCAGAGCUGACUGCACACUUGAAUGGUCACAACGAGGAAUUCCAGAAGCGUGCCAAACGUCAGGAGAGGAGGAAGCAGCUUUUGAGCAAGCAGAAAUACGCAGAUGGUGCUUUUGCAGAUUUCAAACAAGAGAGGGCUUUUGGACACCUGGAAGAUGUUUCAAAACUUAAGGAGAGGAAGGUGGUUGGCUACAAAUGCAAAUUCUGCGUGGAAGUCCAUCCAACACUUCGAGCCAUCUGUAAUCACCUCCGCAAGCAUGUCCAGUAUGGGAAUGUCUCUUCUGUGUCAGCUACAGUAAAGCAGGAAGCUGAAGAUUCUUCAAACACAACUUUGAUGGAGGGUUGUGAGGGAGCCAAAGACCCUGGCAUUGUGGAAUUUACAGAAGCUGAAUCUGGAGCAUCCUUGGAAGAUGAAACCAGGCCUGGGGGCUACCACUGCAGCCAGUGUGACCGGGUUUUGAUGUCUAUGCAGGGUCUGCGAUCUCACGAGAGGAGUCACUUGGCUCUGGCCAUGUUUACCCGGGAAGACAAGUACAGCUGCCAGUAUUGCUCCUUUGUCUCUGCUUUCAGGCACAAUCUGGAUCGUCAUAUGCAGACCCAUCAUGGACACCACAAGCCGUUCCGUUGCAAACUGUGCCCAUUCAAGUCCUCUUAUAAUAGCCGCCUGAAAACCCAUAUACUCAAGGCUCAUGCUGACUCUUCAUACUCUGAGCCUCCUGAUGUUCAGCAGCAGUUGAACCACUACCAGUCUGCAGCUUUGGCCAGGAACAACAACAACAUCAGCCCAAUCCCACUUUCUGGGAGUGCUGCAGGAGUGGAAAAAAUGGAAGCCAUCCUUAACUGUGAAUUUUGUGAAUUCUCCUCGGGUUACAUACAGAGCAUUCGCCGUCAUUACCGUGACAAGCACGGAGGGAAAAAACUCUUCAAGUGCAAAGAUUGUUCCUUUUAUACAGGCUUUAAAUCUGCUUUUACUAUGCACGUGGAAGCUGGGCAUUCAGCAGUUCCUGAGGAAGGACCCAAAGACCUUCGCUGUCCUCUUUGCCUAUAUCACACCAAAUAUAAACGCAACAUGAUUGACCAUAUAGUUCUGCACAGAGGUAACAAUAUCCCUGUAUGUGUCUGUAUCUGAUGAGGGGAAUGCUGAACAAAGCCCUUGUCUUUCAGACUGGUUUCAUUAAAUUUUUCCAUCUCUGUUCAUCAUUAAGUUUUCCUGUCUCUCUACAUGAGAACAAGUAUGUUGAAUAAGUCACCAGCCCUUGAGUAUCUUUUGUUUCAUUUCUAAAUGAUGCAUCUUAUUUAUUUCCUGUAGAAUUCAAAGUUAGCCAGUGCUGAAACAGGGCAGAUUUAAAUUUUUUUUAAGCUUUUCCUCUAGAGAGGUUAACAGUCAUCAAACACCUGUUCAGCAAGAGUUGCCCUAAUUUACAGCUCUGAUCUAGGCCAGAGUUGUUUCCUGCUUAUGUCCUUGUUAUCAUAAAGUCCUUGCUAUCAUAAACUCUGUGACAGGGUGGAUCAACUAACCAUAGAGGCCCCAAAAUGACCCUUGAUUACUUGCUUGAAUUUUUUUCUGUUCAGCAUUCUUAGAAUCAAAACAAGAAGUAUAAUUUUUUUUUUUCUUUAAGGCUCCUUUUCUAUCUCCACCUCUCCCUUCAUUUUUAAGCCAGCUAAAAGCAGGAUUAGGGAUUUCUAUAUUCUAUUAACUGUGGGCUUGCUAGCUCAGAAGAGACAGCUGUUUGGGCUCUCUGGGCUGGGAUUCCUGCCCAUAGCUAUCACACUUGAUGCUUGUAGAUGGUCUGUUGGCUGCCGAAAUCCAAACCCAUGUGUUGGGAUGGCACUCUGCCUGCUUGCAGGUUGGGCAGAGUUUCACAGUAGGGUAUUGGUGGUGAGCAAACACAAGUUUUGCAUGCCAUCUUUUUCCUGGAGGAGAUCCUGGUGUGACAAGCACUAUCAUAAUUCCUUGUAACAUACCUCUUUUCAGUGUUGGUAGCUUAAAGUCCUUCUUGUAUCAAAGCAGUGAGGCUGGCAGAGUUCAUACAAAUUUCUAUCUGCUAGCAGGGCCAUUCUGAGGGAACAUCUGGGAAAAAUGACCUGUCAGUGAUUCAGAAAGCAUGUUACAAAGCUGCCUUAUUUGGUUGUAAGAAUUUGGAAGUGCUUUAGCUUUUACUUACUGUCUUUGAAGGUGUUGCUGUGUCAGGAUUUUGCUGAGCUUCAGCGCAUACUCCAGAAUUAGCUCACUUUAGAGGAGAGGAGGGCUUAGCUAAACCCUGUGCAGAGUACUGUGCAGUUCCAAGUGCUACCGAGGUGUUGUCUGGUUUGUACUGCCAGGGCUCCAGGGGACACUGCCAGACCUUUAAAACACAGAUAGACAGGCUGAGGGAGAGCUUGGUGGGCUUAGUUAGAGUAUUUUUCCAUCGUGCGUAGACUUGAUGCUGGGAACGUCCAGCUGUGGAAGUGGAGAAGCACUAAAUGAGCUCAAGCAGUUACACUCCCUGUACAGAGCAGUUUCUGAUCAGUUGUAAGUGAUUACCUCCUGGGUAAGUGACACACUGGAUUCUUUUGAGCUGUUGCUUCAGUUGCAUAAACCAAUCCCAAGCCUUUGUGCUGCUGAAACAAAGCUGAUAGUGAAGGACAUCAUGAAAACCUACUAGAGCAUUGAGAGAGGUAAAAACAGAGUAAAAGAAGUUCCAAUGCAAAUGGGAUAUUAGCUGAUAAAAAAAUCUGAGAGGCCACUGAGGGAAGGACAAGGGUUUUCUAUGGCAUCAAGCAUCCAGGUAAUAAAGGAAGUAAGGUCCUUCCUUAAAGUUCUUUCUGGUGCAUAUAUCCAGCUAAAAAAUUCUCUACCAUUGUGUUUAAUUGUGUGGCAGCUGAAGCAACAAUUUUGACAAGAUCUAACAUGCGCUGAAAGAGAGACUGAGCAAUGGUGAAUGUAGUCUGAGAUAGCCUUCCUUUUUUAUAGCCAUUGCAUUGGUAAAACAAGGGCAUAGCCCCGAGCUGUGGUCCAAGAAAAUUAGUUUUGAGGUAGAUGGAGUGGUGCAGUGUAUAAAAUCAAGAGUGAAGGAUUUGAUCCAUUUCAUAGUUAAUGUUCCUCCUGUGUAAAAAGACUGUUUACAGAUCCGUGACUCUUGCAUUACUUCCAAGUUGAUGCAUCUGUAAUCCUUGGUGAACCAAAACAGCAUGUACUUGAAAUGGAGAGUAUAUUUGCCUCUUAAUGAAGGGCUACAGAAACUGGGUUUUACAGGGCUAAAGCAUUAACAGAUAGAAGGCUGAAUGCCUAGUGAGAAAAAAUUAGGCAAGGAAUUUGCUUCCCAUUAAGAAUGAGGGCAAACAGGAAGCCUUUAUGAGCUUUCCUCCAUGUAUCACCUAUUCCUCGUCAGUGUAAAAGUGAGUCACCAUCCCUUCUGCGGGCACAGAUGGAGCACAGACUCAUUACAGGUGGCCUGUACCAGGGGACUGACACAGCUAGAGGCUACUGUGCAGGUAGGUGAAGUUAAGUUUGGCUCUCGAGUUCCUCCUGGCCUUUGUGACAGACAAGCCUGGGGAGAGGAGACACGGAGUCAGUGAACUCUUUGCUCUAUGACCAGCAGAGGUGUUGGCCUUUAAUUUAGUCUGGACAAUGCAUCUAGUUUUCGUUAUCCCUUCCAGUAGCAUUCCCAUCACACAUUUUGAAACAUAUUGUUAUUUUUCUACUGCUAAAUCCAACUUACCAAGAUCACUAUUGGGUCUACUGUAAAAUUUUUGGAGUGUUAUUUUUGAUUCUUUUAGUGAUCAUUUUAUUCUCUUUCUGGUAGUGAGAACAAAAUAGUGAUUUUGUUCUUCCAUUUAAUAGAAAUCACACCCAUUUUUCUUGAAUAGUAACUUUAAGAUAAAAAAGUCAAAUUUUCAAAUUCAUCUACCUCCCCAAAGACUUCAUUGCUACAUAUCCUGUCUCCUUGCAUGUGGUUGUUUCUGGCGUUAUUCCUUGUACACACAGCUUCAUUGAUACAUGCAGAACCCUUGUGCUGUGCUUGCUUUUGUCUACUGGAAUGCAAAUGCAAUGUGUUGUGUGACUGUAGCUUGGAUUUGCAGGCAAAAAUGCAUAUUUUCAAAUGCCCAACAUGACCAAUGAUUGGUUUAUGUCUAGAUAGUAGGACUGGUUUUUUUGUAGUUUGUAAUCUUUAAGGGAAGGAAAUCACUUGUAUACGCUGUUGUGUGUUGCUGAGUGAAGAUUUUUCCUUUUCACAAAGGACUGAUAGAGUCAUGGGUUCUUUUAUACCUUGAGCAAAAAAAUGUAUGUCUGCUUUGAGUUACUGUACUGCAAAUACAUAGUGCAUUAAUGGCCUUUCAAUUUAAUCUCUGAUCUGCAUUACAAUUAGACUGAAUAUUUCAGUAGUCGUUGUUUAGAAGCUGCUGAACUUUGAAGAAGUCUACACACAGAUAAAGAAGCUACCUCUUUCAAUUUGUGUAUGGGGCUUUAUGGUUAGCUGUAAUUUUGUGAGUUGCCCAGAUAUGAUAAGUGCAUUCUAAAUGAGUAAUUAAAUAAACAGAGCUUUGUAGGGGCAAGCUGGAAAUAAGAGCAUCACCUUACAAAAUGUGAGGUUGUGGAUGCAAAUAACCCUGCAAGUUCCAAAAUUAUUGCUUGGAGGAAGCUCACUGACAUGAGUACAUCAUGUAAAAGUUUUAUAUCAUCCCCUGAAAUCCUUCAGGCUAGAAUUGAUGUUAUGUUUAUUUUGCUUUUCACAUGUUAUUGUGCUGCCUUUGAUUUGGGGAGUGUGUGUUUGAUUGUGAGAUAACAGGUUUUGCUAAUGUGAGUUAGGGAAUGCUGCAUUACUCCAGACUGGUAGAUAAAAAGUUUUAUACCAUCCCAUGCUUUGGCUUUUUUAAUCUAUGCCAGGUGAUAGAGGAAAAAGUGAAUUUUCAAAUAUUUUAAUUAGUAUUUCUCUCUUUGAAAACUUCACUUUUUCAUUUUUGAAACCAGCUGUGAAAUUUAUUUCAGUGAAUUCAAAAGCACAAAGCUGCAACAAACUUGUAAAAAGUCUUCUUAUGACCGCAGAAUCACAGCUUUAAAUUCUGUUGUCUCUUAGACAGUUUUCUGCCCUCCCCUUUUCCCACCCUGAAUGGACACAACUUAGUGUCUUUAUAGCUAGGGAAGCUGUUGAUAGCAUAGAAAAGAAUUACAAGUCCACAGAGUAUUUUUUUUAAGGCGUAGCUUUGGGAUAAACUUCCACUUUUUGAAGUGGCCAGAGAGGAAGUUAGGAGAUAGAAUACCUUUUCUGUUCAGGGAGAAGCUGAACAGGAUGGAAUAUUUUGCUGAGCUGUGGAAAAAGGCUUGUGAGCAGUGGUGGCAUGUCAGUGGGCCAAAAGUGAAUGAACAGUGGAGCUUUUGCCACCUUCCAGAAACCCUAAGAGAGUCUGUAUUUGGUUUUGGAUGUGAUAUUAUCCUCUUCACUAACAAAAAGGGGCCAUUAGCUCAGAUUCUUAGGUGGAUUGCUACAUCUCACAUUCUCAUAACCUUCAUUUCUACCAUCUGAGAUUCAGGCCUGGGUUUUUUGUUUGCUUAUUUUAAUCUGUCGUUAGGGAUGAACCUGCAUGAGGAUGAUCAGAUUCCUCCUUUAAUCUGCAGUCCAUAAGGAGUAACAAUACUAAAUUUCAGUGUUCUAGUUCAAAAGGCCAGUUGCGUAACAAAAGCCCAUAAUGAGGAUCUUCUGGUGACCCUCAGCUGAAGGAUCAAAUUUGGGGGUUCUUUUGUGCGCGCAUCUCAGGGAACCACAGUGGAUGAGUGUUAUGCACAUCCGAUUCUGGCUUUGUCAAAUGGCUGAAAUUAAUUGCUGCUCUGUUAAACAUCAGUGCUUUCUUUGAGAAGUUGGGAGUUCAAAAACUCAGUAAGAGCAUUUCAGUACAUACCUGUAUCCAUGAUCUGAACUGCAGGAAGUGUGACAUGACAUGCAUGCAGAUUUUGAGUCUGAGCUUUCUGAAAGCUGUGGAUGUGUUGGGAAGUUUCUGCCCCUGGCUGAACUGCACAGCCUCUUCCAGGAAAAGGGUCCUGCCUUGCUUACCCUCUCAGGUCCCAGAGAGUAGCUUUAGGUGUGAUGGUGAGGGUGAGCAGCUCCUAUUUUUGUAGAGCCAGCAGAGUGAUGCAUUUGGAAACACCCUGCGGCUUCCCUGUUUAUUACAUUUCUAGCAGCCAUUCCUGGCUGCAGUAAAGUGCCAAACAAAGUGGACUUUUGGUCUUGCUGAUUUUAUGGCUGGUAUUUUAUUCCCAGGCUCUCCUACUUUGCCUCACAGGUGGAGUCUCGUUUGCCCCAAAACCUCUGUUCCCAUCCUCUUCACCCAAUAAGCAGUUACAUUUGUGAGAACACCUGCGUUUGUAGCCUUGGAGGAUUAAUUCUGUCAUUGCAGAAGAAUUUUUGUCUUGUGUUUUUUGUGUCAGUCCAGCUUAGCUCCCAUUCUUUUAGAGAUGGACUGCCCGCCUAGAUAGCAGAGCCUAUUCCCUGUGUGGGUGGUAGUGCCCAAGAUGUUGACAUGUGGGCCUGGUAUUUCAUAAAAUUUGUUAAGUGAAUGUUAAUCCUGU